AUGCGACCACCGAGACAACAGACUGAGAUCGCCAGCCCAAAGGGAGAUCAGAGAGAUGUUGGCGCCAAAAAGGGAAAGGCAAAAGGCGAAAAGGCGGGCCAGGGGUGCUUGUGGUAUGUGACACUUCGUAGUCUCGCCGGCCAUUUUGUUUCAUGGAUUUUGUGUUUCGCAGUGCCUUUGCAGGUUUCUUCUUCGUGUGCCUCUCGUGCUUCUGAUUUCCUUGUGUCUCUUUGCAUCCGCGCCUUGUAUCGUCUCAUGCACGCCUCUGCUUGGGCUCUGGCUGGCCUUUGCUUGCCGGUUGGUGUUGCCGAUGCUGCUCUUUGCAUCAUACCACGUCCGCAUGUGUCUCGUUUCUCCCUGCAUCACCAAACUCAUGUUAGAACAAGCGGUGCCCAGUUCGUCGCCGCAUUUGGUUUCUUCCUUUCAAUGCGUGGCCCACUGAGUCAGCCGGAGAGGGCAGUCCGCUCCGAUCGCCUGACCUGUCCUGCCCUGGUCUGGCCUGGCCAGGCCCUUGUGCGAAUCUGGCGGAGCACGGAGUGGUAUCCUCCUUGCGAAAACGGGGGCAAAGGGGAGGGAAAGGGAAAGGGACUGGAUAGGGUGGGACUUGCCCCUUCGUUGGUACCCACCAUUCCUCACGCCUGA